UCAUUAACACUGCCAAUAUGCCUGCCUAGUUCCAAAAUUUUAGCUCCAUUAGUAGCCACAAUUAUGUCCUUAUGAUCAUUUUAAACAUUUCAGCACUAUCAGACAUUUCUUUCUAUUCAUUGACAUUACAAGUUGAUAUAAAUGUGAAGUUUUUCAUGUGACUGCACCUGAACCUGCACAUGAAUGAUAGUUAUUUCCUUGCACUUAAUGGAUUAAGCAUACAAGGAAGUGAGUGAGUGGUCAUUUACAAAAGGAUUAAAGUCCAUGAGAGAAGAGAUUCCAGUUUCGGCACCAUUUCCUCAUGACAGGCUUGUUCACUCUUUGUCUUCUAAAUGAAAUGGUGCUAAUCUAUUAGAUGUGAUUACAGAGGACAGGCUGUGCCUCAGAAAAAUGGGCAGUGAAACACAGAGAGAAAGUUCAGUAGAGUAUGGAUACCACAGUGACCAGCGAUCAGUGAGGUUACGACCAGUGUCCAAUACGAAUCAUCCUCAGUUCAGCUGGAGCUCGACUGCUGCAGACCGGGAUGAAGGGGGCACCACUGAAUCGCCUCGGGAUCUCAGGAACACUCCCUUUUCCAUGGCACUGAAACGCGCUGUGAGGCAGGUGCAGCAGAUGAACAUACCCAUGGUGUCCAGCACAGAGUCAUGGAAACGGAAAAAGUCCAAAUCUUUGCAGAAACUGAAAGACGGUGCCUUUGGAUUUUUCUCCUUUUUCAUACUGUGGAACAAGUCCCUGCAAAAGAUUGGAGGAAACUUUGGAGGUGGUGUUCUGUCUUACUUCGUGUUCCUGCGAUUCUUGGUGGUGCUGAACUUUGUUUCUUUCUUGUUGAUUGCUGGAUUCGUCCUCAUUCCGAGCAUUGUGUUCAGAUCUGUUGGCACCAGCUCUCUCAACAGCACCGGUCCAGAGAAGUGCAUGGCUUAUGACCCCAGUCCUCAAGGCUUAGUGGUGUUCUACUAUUACUUCAUUAACUUACUUUCUGGAACGGGUUUCAUGGAGUAUUCAUAUCUGUUUUAUGGCUACUACAACAACACGGUGGUGGAGGACAAUAACAUCUCCUACAACAUCUCUCUGGCUUACCUCUUUACUGCCACAUUCUACUUUGCCUUCUGUCUCCUCUGUAUCAUCGUGCGCAUGGGGACCACCACUCGGGUUGCUGUGGCAACCGGAGGCAGUGCUGUGGGCAACUAUAGCAUGAUAGUGUUCACGGGCUGGGACUACGGUUGCCUGGGAGACCAAGCUACAAAACUGAAGCAGAAAAACAUUCACUACAGGUUACAGGUGGACCUGGAGGAGGAGAGGAUUAAGAAAAAGGCAGCCUCUCUGACACUGGGUCAAAAAAUAGCUUCAUAUUCACUGCGCAGUUUUAUGGCUGUUCUUUGUUUGGGAUUCAUUGGAGGAUCUUUUUACGCCAUUUCUUUGGCCACCACCUUCAGUCAGAAUAAUUCUGAUAAAGAAGGGAUCCUGGGUUUAAUUUAUGAGUACCUGCCUUCCAUUGUCAUCACCACCGGAAACUUUGUGGUGCCUCUGCUGUGCGACCAGAUCGCUUUGCUUGAGCGAUAUUCCCCACUGAAUGAUUUCAUAAUCUCUGUGUUUAGAGCGGUGCUCCUGCGUCUGAUGAGUCUGGCUGGUCUCUUCUUUACUUUGUGGAGUGAGAUCACCUGUGACGGGGACAAAAAUAAAGAAGAAUGUAAAUUGUGCCAGUACAACCAUGACAGCUACCCGUGCUGGGAAACACGUGUCGGGCAGGAGAUGUACAAGCUAACACUGUUUGACCUCCUCAUCAACAUUGCUGUGCUCGUCCUGGUGGAGUUUCCACGCAGGAUGCUGGUGGACAACUGGGCGUGCAAGCUGGUUCAAUGGUUUGGUCGGCAGGAGUUCUUGGUUCCCUCCAAUGUGCUUGCCCUUGUUUAUGGACAGACAGUGGUUUGGGCGGGGACUCUUUUUUGUCCUCUACUGCCACUCAUCAACACCUUCAAGUUUGUGAUCCUCUUCUACUGCAAGAAGAUCACACUGUUUCAGAACUGCCAGCCAGCACUGAAGACAUUUCGCUCCACCACCUCUGCUUUCUUUUUCCUCAUGGUACUUCUGUUCGGCUGGGGCCUGGCCUUAGUAGUUAUGAUUUACAGUAUGGCUGAAAUCCAGCCCUCUAUGGGGUGUGGGCCAUUCCGCUUCCUCCCCACCAUGUGGACGAUUGUUCCAAAGUCCUUCUACAACCUUUCUAAAGUCUCACAGGAGUUCCUUUUCUUCAUUGGCUCCCAGGCAUUUUCCAUACCUCUGUUCAUUUUAUCUUGCGUGGUGAUGUGUUACUUCAUAGCCUUAGCAUCUGUCUACGGGAACAGUGUUGACCUGCUAAGAGCUCAGCUUAAAUCGGAGGGCCGUGACAAGCAGUUUCUGGUGAAACAGAUUGAGAAGUUGAGUCGGCAGCAUCAGAUCUCCAUACACCACUCAGGAUCACGCUGCUGAUCUGCAAUAAAUGAAGCUUUACCACCAUUUAUAAGGACUUCAUUGGUACCAGUUCAAUGCGGCUGUUGCUAAAUCUCUUCUCCUGUUUCUUUACUUUGAAAGACAAUGUCAUGUACCUUCAUUAGCUUGUCCCUCUUCAGUUAACAAGUUUUAAUCCACCAUUAAUAGAUGACUUUAAUUGGGC